UCGUUGCUGUGCCCCACCGACUGAUGUGAAUUUUUUUUUUUGUAAAAACUACAAAUGUGAUAAAAUUGCCUGAAUAUUACACAAAAAUUGCAAAACGUGUAAUAAAAGUGUUUUUGUAGGGUUCCCAUUUUAUUAAAGAUUGUUUAUUCGUGCGGCGCGAUGGAGUGACAACCAUCGUUUCUCGUCGAUCGUGAAAUAGCUUUCGAUCGUAUUUUCGCACGUCCUGCAGACAAACAAUAGGGAGUUUUUGCUGCAGGAUUAUCGUGCCGUGUUGUUGUGCAAGAGUGCUAGGUGUCGAGGGGUGCGAAGGGAGUAUUGGUGCAGUGUGUGGUGCAGUGCGGGGUCGGUGCUCGUGGCGACAUGUAUCAGUGAGGCGAGGGUCUGGUCAUGUUGGAGACUCGGUCGGUGCGCGCCGCUGACUCGGUGUGGGCGAACAAGCCGCUGCCGGCGCCGCACGCGAUGGCCAACUCCAGACACGGGAAGAACACCCAGGAUGAUGUCUGCUACGUAGUCGCAAAGUAUGAUUACGCCGCGCAAGGCGCGCAGGAGUUAGACCUACGAAAGAACGAGCGAUAUUUGCUGCUCGAUGACUCGAAGCAUUGGUGGCGCGUGCAGAACGCGCGCAGCCAGUCUGGCUACGUGCCCAGCAACUAUGUCAAGAAAGAGAAGCCAUCCCUGUUCGAUAGCAUCAAGAAGAAAGUGAAAAAAGGUUCUGGUUCCAAAACCCUGCCCUCAAACAGUUCCCCAGUCCGUGGGGCAGCGGGCCCAGAGUCACCGGGGGCGCGUCGAGUGGAGCCCACCGAAGCUCUGGGUACUGCGGUGGUGAAGUACAACUACCAGGCUCAGCAGCCUGAUGAGUUGUCUCUGACGAAAGGCACCCGCAUUCUGAUCCUGGAAAAGAGCAAUGAUGGCUGGUGGCGAGGACAGUACCAGGGUCAUACUGGAUGGUUUCCAUCAAACUAUACCAGUGAAGAAGGAGACAGUGAAGAUACUGUACACACAUAUGCUAUGGCAGAGAAUGUUCUAGACAUUGUAGUGGCUCUAUACUCGUUCACUUCAAAUAACGAGCAAGAACUAUCGUUCGAGAAAGGCGACCGACUGGAGAUCAUCGAGCGACCGCCAUCCGACCCUGAGUGGUAUCGCGCGCGCGACAAUCGCGGACAAAUCGGUCUCGUGCCGCGCAACUAUCUCCAAGAGUUGGCAGAGUACCUCACGCAGCCGUACAGUGAAGCUAAUGAAGGUGGUCCGUCCGGUGCUGGCGCGGCGGCGGGCGGCGCGGCGGGUGGCGGGCCGGGCACACGCGGCGGUGGCGCGAUUGGGCGCGCGUGGUACUACGGCGCCAUCACGCGCACGCACUGCGACGCGCUGCUCAAUCAGCACGGACACGAUGGCGACUUCCUCAUACGAGACUCCGAGACCAAUGUGGGCGACUUCUCCGUGUCAUUGAAAGCGCCGGGCCGCAACAAGCAUUUCCGCGUGCAAGUCGAAGGCAACUUAUAUUGCAUCGGACAGCGGAAGUUUACAACGUUGGAUCAGCUGGUCGCGCAUUACCAGCGAGCACCAAUAUACACCAAUAAACAAGGAGAGAAGCUUUACCUCGUGCGUCCGCUGCCACGCGCGGCCGCGAACUGCUGAGCGGAAACCGUGCGAGGCUCUAUGUAUACCCUCCGGCGCGCGGAUGAACGACUGCGUUAGACCUCUCGCACACUCGUGAUACGAAUGUGAAAUGGUGACAUCGUACUUGUACUGAAGCUCAAUACAUGUGUGGUAUGUGGAUAUAGUGAAUGUGAAAGUGUAGGGUAAAAAAUCACCAGUGCGCGUCUAGUCUAAGGCUGAGGUCUGAAUGUGGCACUAGUUUAUCUGGAUGCUUGCAGCAUCAGUCUCAAUCACACGUGUUGGUGUGCGCUCGGGUCCUACACUGACUGUUCUGCAGGCAGUCACUCCAAUUUCUUGGAAAAGUAACAUAGAAUAUUGAACCAAGAGGUAAGCGCUUUGUUUCCUAUAGAAAUAGGUACUUAUUAAGUUUGUCCAAGAAAUUUUAGUGAAUGCCGAUUUAAUGGAAUCGAAUACAUUGCUUCUAGUCUCUCUUGUAGUUUUUUAAAAAUUAUAUUAACUAUUAUGAAAUAAAAUAAAUAAUCUUUUGUUUGAAAUGAUACUCAAUUAAACUAUUGUUAGUUGAUAAUAAAUACUUAAAAAUUUAGUUAGGUCUAAUAAUAAAUUUAUAUUAUGUGUAUUUUUUGGGGUAAAAAAAUGAAAUAUGUGAAACAAUGUAUUCAUUCCAUUUAAUCUAUUUGAGUUUGCUACUGCUGUAGUAAUUAGAGGAUACGCCAAGUAAAGGAACGAUGAUCCAAAAAUAUUUAGAUUUUGUUAGGGCUAAAGAAUCACUUUAUCAAAAUGACUGUAACUUUAUACCUUAGUAAAAUUUUGACAUAUAAUAUGUCAAAGAGGAAGUCACAAUUGCUUUUACACAUUAUAUAGUAAGAUAGCGCACAGUGUCAACAUUUGAAACUGUAUAUUAAAGUGGUCCAGCGUGAUUUACAUUACUACACAAAUGUGAGCAACGAAAAAUGAGUCAUUGGAACUAAAUGUACAGGUAACGAUGAACAAUGUGACAGGUAACAAUGAAUUUCUUGUUACCUGUCACAUAAUGUGUCAAUUAUAUUAUGUUGAAAAUUGUGGCAACAACGAAAAAUUAAAUUUUAUCUGUACCUUUAAAUUCUAAUGAUAUCAAAUAAUUGGGAUUUAAAGGUACAGGUAAAAUUUGACGAUGUGACAGGGAAUAAUAAAUCACCAUGUGCUAUCAACAACGUCGAAUCUGCACAUGAGCAGCUUUUCAGGAGAGCAACUGAGUAAAAAAGCAUGUACCAUAAGAAUGUUAUCCUAAUGGUAAGGAAAUCACAAUUAUUAAGAUGUCCAUUUCAAAACCCUAAAGGCCGAUUCACACCAAUUGCAUACACGUGACAAGUGCGUAGUGACGCGCGUAAACCCCUAUCACACCGGGUUAUGCAUACGUCUACGCUUUACGCAAGCUGUGUGCCAUGUUUCAUACAGUUCCAUACAUUACAACGCAAUGGUACGCGUUACAUCUACGCUUACGCCGCCUGUGUGAACGAGCUAUUAAGGCGGAAACUAACUAUCGGACGUGCCCGCGACAAAUAAGUGUGCAUAGUCAUUAGUUCGCUACUUUGCACAGGUUAGUGUUUAGUGUGCAUUUUGUUAUCCAGAUACCAAUAAGUCAUGGUGGUCAGCCACGUCCAGUAAUUUGUUUCGGCCUUUAGAAUAACAUUUUAAUGGUAUAUUUUAACUUAAAAUCGCUCUCCUGUAAAAUUGUGGAUUUUUCAGAUCCUACAUUGUUGAUAGGAUGUGACAAAAUUACUGUUACAAUAACUCGAGAUAAAUGUAACAUAUUCUAAAAGUGACAGGUAAAAGUAAAUAUUUUGCGAAAAAAUUGUUAGUAAUGAACGAUCUUUAGUAAAUAUUCAUGGAGUGGGAUAUAGUCGGCUGGGGUCCCUGUAUACAGUUAUGUAAUAUUACGUAGUUUAAUGCGGCGUU